CUUCACACCGACAAUCGCAACUCGAUUACGACCCAAGUGGCCAUCGCAUCUCUGCACAAUCACCAAUCUGCUACCCGGCAUCACUCUCAAGUCUCGACUCGCCCAUACAGAGUUGAGAAUCUUUGAUCUUCAAGGUCACGCGCCCGUCGCAAAACUUCCCCUACUUUAAUAGUCGAUCCCCUCACAAAACCGCCAAGAUGGGUAUGGCACUUUCGUCUUUCGCCGGAAUCUUCCAGAAAUGGAUCGGCAAGAAGGAGAUGCGAAUUCUGAUGGUUGGUCUCGACGCUGCCGGAAAGACCACUAUCCUCUACAAGCUGAAGCUCGGUGAGAUCGUCACCACGAUCCCCACCAUUGGUUUCAACGUCGAGACCGUCGAGUACAAGAACAUCUCGUUCACGGUGUGGGAUGUCGGUGGUCAGGACAAGAUCCGUCCUCUGUGGAGGCACUACUUCCAGAACACCCAGGGCAUCAUCUUCGUCGUGGACAGCAACGAUCGUGAUCGUGUUGUCGAGGCCCGCGAGGAGCUCCAGCGCAUGCUGAACGAGGAUGAGCUGCGCGAGGCAGCCCUGCUGGUCUUUGCCAACAAGCAGGAUCUUCCCAACGCCAUGAACGCCGCCGAGAUCACAGACAAGCUCGGCCUCCACAGCUUGCGGUCGCGCCAGUGGUACAUCCAAUCCACUUGCGCCACCAGUGGUGAUGGUCUCUACGAAGGUCUCGAGUGGCUGUCCAACGUUGUCAAGAACAAGAACUAAAGCGGUCACGGUCGAGGGACACGAUCCGCCGGGGCCCAUUCGGUUACUUCGCAGGGCAAUCUCACGACGAUCGAAUGACAUGAUACAUGGAUGGACGCUCUCACCCCAUGAACUUUGCAUCUCCUUGUGAUGGGUCAUGAGCGAUUCAUAGUGGGACCGCUCGUGGGAGCAGUCGGAGGACGUUUCGCGUGUUUGGUCUUUUUGCGGCAUGAAGGGUGGGAAGGGGCGCAAGGGGGGGCUCUUGGAAUCUUUGUACGAUUUGUGGAAUGAUUCUGACUCUUUUUUCCUCUACUAAGAACGUCAUGGGCCCCCUUUUUCUCAAUGGCAGCUUUGUGAUAAGGGGAGGGAGAAGGGCAUGAGUCUGGGGCGGGCGACCUCACGGUGCCUUUUGUUGUUUCUUGGCUCCUCGCCCCAUGCUCCUCGUCCUCUUCCGGGGCUUCGGGUGUGCGAGCAGAGAAAAUAGGGAAGUUCGUUCAUAACACCAUUUCACUAUCCCCGUUGCAAAGCUGGAGUCUUUUCAUGUUCGUCGUCAACUUUACAUAGACUGGUUAAUUGCUCUGUUUUCCCCAUACAAACCGCCUCCCAAAAGCCCCUCCCCCCCCCCCACCCCAUGCUCCCCUCGGGUUUUGAUAAGCGGCUUCUCAUAAAUGAUAUCGUGUGGCCUGAC